AUGAACGAGAACUACGAGACUAUCCAAGUUACCCUCCAGUACGGCGGGGUCAAGGGCGGGCGACUGAUAUCUGGGAUGACGAGUAAAACCGAGGCUCUUCGAAACCUUCUAGCAGAUCUCAGUGUUCUCAGAGCACAUCGUCCCAAAGGUGAAAAUAUCCGUCAGGAAGGCGCCGUGUUCUUCUUGUUAUGGCCUCACCCCGCUAACGCGCCAGUCCCUCUGGUUGAGGGCUCUUUAUACAAACGAUGGGUGGCCAUUGCCCAGGGGAGUCCAGAGUUAACCGCGGUUAAAAACCAGCUCUCUAUACUUUCGUCCAUUGGUUUUACGGGAUCACACGGAACAACAAACCUGUCACCACUGGGACCAAAACACACAAUAGAACUGCCGCGAAUGCGAACAGAAGGAAUGAACGACCCGCUCGCAGAACAAUAUUUUACGACAGAUCAUCUUUAUUCACAGGAGCCGGAAGUAGCUCAAGGGAAGAGACCUCGAAGCGAUUCCGUCAAUGAGCGAGAUCUUCUUUCACCAUCGUUUGGGCCAGAUGGCAAUAAUGAGUCCUCCUCGAGUCAUGCGUCGAAGAAAAUCCGAACCGAGCAGCACUUCCCCAUUCAGAACAGUACAGCAGAAGAGAAACAUACUCUUAACGGCUUUUCAACUGGAAAUGACCAAACCACACAAUUAGACGAAAUUUCUCAGUCCAGAUUCCCGAUACCUUUAGUGUCGCGCAUCCCUCCAUUUGGCAGCUACCACAUGCCUUUUCCAGGAUCGACUGGCGUGAGCAAUAGCCCCGUCCCUACUGCCCCCCGCCCACCACAAAAUCGAGAAGCUAUCAAGAGGCUGUCGCUUGAGCUGUCGAAGGUCCGCGGUCAACUGACUACCUUGAGACAUUGUGAGCAAGGGAUAUCGGAAGAGCUUGUUCGUCUUGGUGUUCCCCAGCCAAAGAGCGAAGAAGCAGUACCCUCCCCACAUGGUCUCGUACAUCUACAGUUCGAUAUGGAGGCGCAACUGAUACUGAUCGAAAUCGAGUUGCAGCAGGAAAGGAUACAACGUCUCCGUGCUGAGCGCAUGCUCAGUGAAGUAGAGCGGGAGUGUCGUGCUCCGUUUGUUGUUCCAGCGUUGUUCCAGGCGUUCUGCAGAAUAUCAGAGCUUGGGCACAAUGAAUAA